AUGGGCAUCUCAAGGGCUUGUUCGGUUUGCUGGUUGUUCCAUGUGCUGCUUCUUAUCUGUUCCUUGUGUCAGAUACUUUAUGUUGGAUCAGUGGUGGCUCAAACUGCUCAGUUGACUGUGGAUGCUUCACCUCAGAAUGCUCAGACAAUCCCUGCCAAUAUGUUUGGCAUCUUCUUUGAGGAGAUCAACCAUGCGGGAGCUGGUGGAUUGUGGGCAGAGCUUGUAAGCAACAGAGGUUUUGAAGCUAGUGGUUCUAAUACUCCUUCAAACAUUGACCCAUGGUCGAUCAUUGGGGAUGAAUCCAAUAUUAUUGUGGCAACAGAUCGGUCAUCCUGUUUUGCUAGUAACCCAAUUGCACUUCGAAUGGAAGUACUUUGUGGAGCUAGUGGAACUAAUGCUUGCCCAUCAGGAGGAGUUGGAAUCUACAAUCCUGGUUACUGGGGCAUGAACAUUGAAAGAACAAAGGUUUAUAGAGUUACCAUGUACAUUAGGUCAUCAGAUUCGGUGGAGCUGACAGUUUCUUUAACAAGUUCAGAUGGUCUUCAAAAUCUAGCUUCUCAUACAAUCAUGGGAGACAAAGAAGAUUUUGCUGAGUGGACGAAGGUUGAAUUUGAUUUGCAAUCAAAUUAUAUAAAUACUAAUUCAAGACUUCAGCUUACAACCACCAAAAGUGGCAUAAUUUGGUUUGACCAAGUAUCACUUAUGCCAUCAGAUACUUAUAUGGGCCAUGGUUUUCGUAAAGAUCUUGCCUCUAUGCUGGCAAAUCUGAAGCCUCGAUUUCUAAAAUUUCCAGGUGGCAACUAUGUAAUGGGAAAUUACCUUAUAAAUGCAUUCCGCUGGAGUGAAACUGUUGGACCAUGGGAAGAGAGAUCUGGUCACUUCAAUGAUGCUUGGGCCUAUUGGACUGAUGAUGGACUUGGGUUUUUUGAAUUCCUCCAACUAGCAGAAGACCUUGGCGCUUGCCCAGUUUGGGUUGUAAAUGAUGGGGCCAGCAUCUAUCAAGAAGUUUCAUCAGCAACAAUAGCUGCAUUCGUAAAGGAUGUUGUUAAUGGUAUUGAGUUUGCCAGGGGAGACCCCGAGACUGCAUGGGGUUCAGUUCGUGCAGCAAUGGGACAUCCAGAGCCCUUUCAGCUUUAUUAUGUUUCAAUAGGAAAUCAAGAAUGUUCAAAGAACUAUUAUAAAGAUAACUACGUGAAGUUCUAUUCUGCAAUAAAAACAUCCUAUCCAGACAUCAAAAUCAUAUCAAGCUGUGACAGAUCUGCUAUUUCACCAGUCAACCCAGCUGAUUUGUAUGAUGUUCAUGUCUAUACUUCAUCAGGUGAUAUGUUUUCCAAGUCUAGAAUGUUUGAUAGCACAGCCCGUAACGGACCCAAGGCAAUUGUUAGUGAAUAUGCUGUGACUGGAAGUGAUGCUGGCCGAGGAACACUAAUAGCUGCUUUAGCUGAAGCUGCAUUCCUCAUUGGAUUAGAAAGGAACAGCGACAUGGUUGAGAUGGCAAGUUGUGCCCCACUCUUUGUAAACGACAAUGAUCAAAGGUGGAACCCAGAUGCUAUUGUCUUUAACUCAUGGCAGCACUAUGGAUGUCCAAAUUACUGGAUGCUACACUUCUUCAAAGAUUCAAGUGGCACUGCACUUCAUCCAUCCACUAUUCAACUACCAAACUAUGAUCAAUUGGUCACAUCUGCUAUCACGUGGAAUAAUCCACAUGAUGAGAACACUUACCUGAAAAUAAAGGUUGUAAAUUUUGGAAGCCAAGCUGUCAAUCUGAAUAUAUCUGUGACUGGGUUGGAAACUGAUAUUCAGACAUUUGGAUCCAUAAAGACGGUUCUCACGUCAGGUUGGCUACGGGAUGAGAACUCCUUCCAACAGCCCGACAAGGUGGUGCCGGCGGCAAGUCCAAUAACCAACGCGGGCAAGCAGAUGGGUGUUGUACUGAACUCAUACUCCCUGACCUCAUUUGAUCUCCUCUUGGAUUCGGACCAGACGGUGCCUUCAGUCUCAGUGUCGAGCCUCCAUUCCAGCGUGUGA